UGUUGAUGCCACCCGGAUUCAUCACAAAGAGAAGAUGUCCCUGCUCUCUUCUAUCACCAGCAACCCAGGGGGGUCCAAACCACAUCAACCGCUGAUCAUCCUCCAGUCAUCUUCUGCCCAGACAUGUUAUCCUAUCUUAAGGAAUCUGAUCUCAAAUUUCAGACCAGCUACUCAGACUCUACUGUUUUGCUUCUUGCAUCCACCAUCGAGCUUGACAAGCGUUGAUGCUUCAAAUAUCACUGCCUUCGACUUUACUGACCGAAUUCCUGGCUACGACGAUGCGUGGUGUGAUCCUCAGGACGAGAUACUGGCUCGCGUUAAUUCUGUACCUCCGGGAUCACUGAAUGUGAUCAUCGACUCGGUGGAUACAUUGGCAUCUGACCUCGGAUCCACGCCAAAGACGUACAAGUUUAUUCGGACGCUCCUUGGGCUGGUUACAACUCGUUCUGAACCUUCCAUCCUCAUCGUACAUCUCCAGCCCUGUCCUCUUCUCGGAUUACUGACUCAAACUUCCCUUUCACCGACGCUCAUGCAUAUUACUGCGCAUCCCCCAGCAAUCAUCACGCACCUUGCUUCUGCAUAUCUUACACAACCUCCACCAGCUGGCCCGGCAGAGAAGUUCUGGAGUGUCUUUAUCCCCUUUUCUGAGCGUACACAUGAAAGUGAACGCCUGGUUUAUGGCCCCGAAGGCAACGGGACGAGUGCUGGAGCGUGGGCGAGCAAGGGCACGAGGGAAUUUGUUGUAGAGGUCCUUAUAAGGGGUGGGAGUAGGCGCGGUGUAGAGAGGACUGUCGAAGGCUGGAAAGGAGAUGUCCCGUGCGACCUGCAAGCUCUUGAAAGCCUGAAAAGUAUUUGGACCGGAAAGAAGGCAGAGCAGGCUCGACCGGAUCCAACGCAAAACGUAUCGUUCAAUCUGAAUCUCACGCCGUCGCAGGAGAAAUCGCGAGCUCAAGUGCCGUUACCCUAUGCACACGAAGGCAACCCUGUUACAACAGUUGGGACGAUUCUGUACGACCCUGAUUCUGCUGAUGAUAUUGAUGAUGAUGAUCCGGAUGAGGACUUGGAUAUAUAGUCAUACGCGUACGCAAAGAUUGUUGACAAUUCUACAACCGUCAUCCUGGCUGUUUGCAUGACGUCAAUACACGGAUGAGACAGCGGUCCGUUUCGCAAUCAUGUGUCUCCU